GCGACUUCUGCUUCGUUUCAUGGUGCCGUUGGUCUUCAAAACGGAAGCAGCUAUCAGAUUGAUAAAAAGAACUUUUGGCGAUACGCCGGAUUUAUUGCCACUCCAGAAAUUCGUGUCAAGUGACCCAACUUUCAUAGAUCACAUUGGAGAAGACAGUUCCGGAAGUCGGCAGACUCUCGCACUCAUAACAGCAACUACAGACUUCGAUGACACCAUUGACUUCCUAUUUCCGUUAGAUGUUCUCGAUGAAUUCAAUGACAGAAUCUUAGACAAGUUACCGGGCGAUUUUCGUAAGUACUGCAAAAAGACAUUGACCAUGGACUCUAUUCACGAAGCAAACAGACUCUUAUUUCAGUUCAGACAACCUCAAAGAAGCAGAGCACACUCAGUUCAAUGCACCAGAAAACACUCCCGACUAUCUCGCGAUGUAACUCAUCCUAGAGUUCCUCAUCGCCUUGAUCUAAAACCAAACUGCAUUUGCGCGAUUCAACGAAAUCUCUCGGUGAAAAAGGUGUUGGUGAGAAACGGGCGCGUGCGCAUGAUUGCACUGCAUCGUCGAAUCAUCGAAGUCCAAUUUCUCAAUACGUUUGAGAGCCACUGCAUCUCGCGCAUAACCUUUUCGUUCCAUCCAAACUGUUCGUCAUGGACAGUAAAUCUCAGACAAUUUCCACUCAGACCCGCAUAUGCAACUACAUUCAGUGGUUGUAAAGGUUUGACGUUAGCGCGGACCGUCCUUGACCUGCGAAAAGACCCGUUUGCUCACGGUCAAUUGUAUACAGCUUUGUCGAGGGUCAGAUCUUCAGAACGCGAAGAGACACGCUGUGUCUAUUUGCGGAGACGCACGAAGGAUAAGACUGCAAACAUUGUAUUCAGUGACCUGCUACUGUAGACACC